AUGGCCAAGAAAUUCCACAUUGAGGACGAUGAUCAGAUCCUUGGCGUGCCCCAGAUCCCGAUAACGACCGAAGAGCUCAAGCCAUACGAGAAGACGGCUACUAGGGACGAGGUUCAUCAAUAUCUCUCUAAUUGGCUCAAUUCUUCACCCAGCGAUUCACACCAGACCCGACGACAACCCGGAGACUCGAAAAUCCUCACAGGAUAUGUCUUCUUGUUUCUAGGCGGACCCGUUGACUGGAAGGCUACGAAACAAGCGACUGUGACGACGUCGUCCACAGAGGCCGAAUUGCUGGCCCUGUCAAGCGCGGCGAAGGAGCAAAUGCAAUUUUCCCGGCUAAUUAAAGAGCUUGACAUCAAGGUAGAAGGCACCAAUGAGCUAUGGUGCGAUAACCUGCAGACCAUCAGGCUCCUGACUGAACUAAGCGCAAAGCUCAAGACGAACCUUAAGCACAUCGAUAUCCAUCGUCACUGGCUUCGACAGGAGGUUCAGGAAGAAAGACUCCAGAUCACAUGGAUCAAGUCUACGGAGAAUCCCGCUGAUGGAAUGACAAAGGCCCUUCCCAGCAAAAGCACGAAGCUUUUGUCAAGCAGCUAG